GCGCUUCAAACGACGUUUCGAGUCGGAUCGCCGAGCAUCAAUCAAUGCGCUUCGUAAACCUCCUUGUUGCGCUCAGCCUCAGCGCCUGGGACGCUGCCGAUGGCACCUGCGCCAACAUGUGCUCGGGGCAUGGCACGUGCGGCGCGGCCAACAAAUGCACGUGCUUUGCCAAUUUUAUGGGCGCCGACUGCUCGCGCCGCGCCUGCCCAAAGGGCAUCGCGUGGUCCGACAAGGCGUUGGCGGCCAACACGGCCCACUCGAUGAUGGAGUGCUCGAACCGAGGGACGUGCGACUACAUCAAAGGAGUGUGCACAUGCGCUGAUGGAUUCGCCGGGGACGCGUGCCAGCGAAGUGUGUGCUUAAACUCGUGCUCGGGCCACGGCAUGUGCCAAUCGACGGCCAUGAUGGCGCUCGCGCACGGCCGAGACACUGGCACCGGGUCCGGUCCAGCGUACACCAACUGGGAAGCCAACUCGAUGAUGGCGUGCUUUUGCGACUACGGUUACCAAGGCCCCGACUGCUCUCUGCGCAUGUGCCCCAAGAACGACGAUCCGCUCACGACAGGCCAGACGUACCGGAGCGUGGUGUUGACCGUCGCCGGUGCCGGGUCGGCGCUUGCGGGCACCGUGACGUUUACGUUCAACGGGCGCUCGGUGACGAUGCCGGCGAAUGGCAACGCCAACUCGAAUGCGAUUUGUGCGGCGGCGAUCAGCAGUCUUAGCACUGUUGGGAGUGCGACGUGCGUGCAAGGCGCUAUCGACGGCACGACGGGCGGUGCGUCGUAUACGAUUACGUUCACGUCGUGGCCAUUGACGCCGGUGGAGAACAAUGUGUUUACGCACGACGGGAACCCGGCGCUGAGUCAAUUCAGUUGCAACGUGCUCGGUGUCACGAGCAGCAACACGCCGUCGUGCAGCCUUGUCGACGGCAACACGGCCAACCUCGUCGAGUACGCGUUUUGCUCGAACCGCGGCAUUUGCGACUUUGCCACUGGUCUCUGCACGUGCUUUAUGGACUACAAGGCGAUCGACUGCAACCAGCCGAGCAACAUCCCCGACAAUCUGGACCAGCGCGACGGGUUCCUCAUCGAGCCAACGGGGACGACGUUCCAAGGCACAGCACUGCGCAUCCACACGAUCAAGGGCAGUGCGACGGACUUUCAAAUGGUGCAGAUCGAAGCUAGCGCGGUUACGCUCUUCUAUAUGGACGGCGCGGGCCACACGUACUGGAACACCGGCAACGUCCGCAUCCAGUCGGGUACUUUGUUUGUUCAAUCGGGCGCGACGAUCCAGACGGGCGGUCUCCAAGUCGUCGACGGCGGCGCGACGGUGUCGGCCUCGGCUCAAAAUGCAGCCGUCCUCGGUCUCGUCGCUGGACACGCCUCGUAUACGAGCAACGUACUCCUGCUCCAAGCCACUCGCGCGGGCUCUAGUGCGUUCAACUUGAUUGCUGCGUACACGUCGGGACUGUCGACAGCGGUGUUUGAUGUGCGUGGCGACGGCCGGACGACGGUACGUCGCGGUGGUUUCGAGGUGCUCUCGGGGGGCGCCACGAUCACCGACACGACGACGGCGACGACGACGACAACGGUUCAAAGUACCAACGCCGCGUUCACGGGCACGGUGCUGUCCGUCUUGGCGGCAACGGCAUCGGCCUACCCCGCGACAGACUAUUUUUUACUCAAAUGCACGGCUAGUAGUACGGUCGCGUUUGCUGUCGAGUCGUCUGGGCGCACGACCAUCAGCAACGGCGGUGCCAGUGUGACCAACCAAGAUCCGACGGCGGCCGCGUUGACAGUGACCUCCACCGACAACGCGUUCGGUGGCACCGUGGCGACGAUUCAAACAAGCCGUGCCGCCAACACAGGCUUCUACCUACUCGAAGCCAAAGCCAACAACAUUCAGCUUUUUUCCGUCCACGGCUCUGGCCUCACCAAGGUGUGGGUCGGAGGCUUCGAGGUUGUCAUGGGUGGCGCCACGAUUUCCAACGGCGGUCUUCUCGUCGACGCGGGUGGUGCUGUCAUCAAAGCGGGUCUUCAAGUCGCGACCGGAGGAGCUACGAUUUCUACCACGGGCCUCGUUGUCGAAGACGGUGGUACGUCGAUCACGCAAAAGGCCACUUCGGUCCAUGCGGCAGCCGUGUACGCCACCGAUGCGGCUUUUACAAAAGCCUUGUUGUAUCUCGCAACGACAGCUGCUACGGCUCCUCCCUCCUUCUACAUCCUCCAGGCCGAGGUGAUAGUGGGGACACCGAUAUUUGACAUCCAGGGAACUGGCGACACGACGCUGCACCAAGGCAACCUCGUCGUGUCGACAGGGACCGCCUCCAUUGCUGGCGCGGUGACGGCAUCGAGCACGCUGCACGUCGUCGGGGCGACGGCCCUCGAUUCUACUCUUGCCGUGACUGGCGCGCCAUGA